UAACAUCAUCGAUCAAGAUUCUCCCCUCAGAACAAGACGGAGAUUAGUUUCUUUGGAUUUGGCGCGUCUCUCCCAUUCUCCAAUUCUCCUUCUCCUUCCAAGUUAAUCAUGGGUUUCAAAUCCCUUUUUAACAUGAAGAAGAAGAAACUUCUGAAGACGAUGUCGUCUUCGUCCUCAUUGCCCCACGCGCCACCGGUAUCGUUGCAUUCAUCACGCGCCUCCGUGAUGGAGGACCUUGAAUAUGUCUUCAAAAAGUUCGACGCAAACGGCGACGGAAAAAUCUCCGCUUCGGAACUCGGCUCCAUGAUGAAGAGCCUGGGCCAGCCCGCGACCGAAGAAGAGCUAAAGAAACUGAUUCGAGAGGUCGAUUCCGACGGCGACGGUCACAUCAACUUGGAAGAGUUUACUGAGUUGAAUACCAAGGACGUGGACCCCGACGAGGUUUUGGAGAAUCUGAAGGACGCUUUCUCCAUCUUUGAUCUUGACGGUAAUGGUUCCAUUACCGCGGAGGAGCUUAAAAUGGUGAUGGCGAGCCUCGGAGACGCGUGUUCCAUCGAGGAGUGCCGGAAGAUGAUCGCCGGCGUCGACGGCAACGGCGACGGCAUGAUCAACUUCGACGAGUUUCAAAUAAUGAUGACCGGAAACAUGAACAAAUAAAUAACUACGUCAAAAGGUUCUUUGAUUUUCUUUAAUUUUCUUUUUUUCCGGUCAUCACCACCGUGGGUAUCGUUAUUAUUGUUAUUAUGCAAUCCUCUCCUAUUAUUCUCUA